CUCUGGAGCAUAAGUGUAAAGAUCAACAUGCACCACAAGGACUGCUACAGGAACAGACAGGAGAACAAGGGAAGGAAAGACCCACUCAGCGGUUCACAGAGUUAAGGAAAGGCACAUGACUUUUAUCUCAAAAGGGAUAAAUAUUUCAGCUGUGAAAGACAAGUGGAAAAGACUGAAAGCUUCACUCACAUGAGGAUUAUUGGACGUGCAGACAGCUUUCACAUACAGAAACUUUGGAUACUAAUACAGGUAUUUUGUGGAGUUGCUGUAUACUUUCUCAGUAUUUCGUAACUUAAAACCACACAAACUGAGCAUUCUUCAGUAUUUUGACUGUUUUUCCUACCCAAAUGAAAUGAACAUUUUCCCUGCACAUGGCUGGAUUAACAAGUUGAACGUGGAUUUUUAUGACUGAUACAAGUAUACGAACCUUUUUACUCUGUAAAUGUUCCAAACUUAUCAGCCUGGUCAAAAAUGUAUGAUAAAACCCCUCACACUUAUAAUAUCAGUACUCAAGAUGACACGGAUUGCAACAAGAGUGAUGACUUCAAGUACUCAAUGUAUAGCUGGGUUUUCAGCCUGGUGUUUGUAGCUGGACUUAUCUUCAACUUGGUGGCUGUGUACAUUUUUGGCUGUACACUGAAGCUGCGGAAUGAGACCACGACAUACAUGAUGAACCUUGUUGUUUCAGACUUUCUCUUUGUCCUCAGCCUGCCUUUUCGGAUUGUUUAUUUCAUUGAACGCGAGUGGCUAUUUGGAAGUGUGCUCUGCAAGAUCUCUGUGGCCUUGUUCUACACAAACAUGUAUGGCAGCAUCCUCUUCCUCACCUGCAUCAGUGUUGACCGUUUCCUGGCCAUUGUGCACCCGUUCCGGUCGCAAGCAAUUCGAACUAAGAGGAAUGCCAAACUGGCCUGCUGUACAGUGUGGGUGAUGGUUCUUUGUGGAAGUAUACCCACGGGGUUCCUUUUGGAUACCACUUCACCCAAAAAUGCCAACUCCUCUAACUUCUGCUUUGAAAAUUACUCCAAAAAACAGUGGGAAGCUAAGCUUUCCAAGGUGGUGGUGUUUAUUGAGACUGUGGGCUUCAUUAUUCCAUUGAUGGUCAAUGUUUUCUGCUCGCUCAUGGUGCUACAGACAUUGAGGAAACCCCAAACUAUCAGCCGUGGAGGGAACCUAAACAAGACAAAAAUCUUGAGAAUGAUCAUUGUGCAUCUGCUCAUCUUCUGCUUCUGUUUCAUACCCUACAAUGUUAACCUCAUCUUCUAUGCUAUGGUCCGCUCCAAUGUCCUAAAGGGCUGCUACAUAGAAAAUGUGGUCAGAACCAUCUACCCCAUUGCUUUGUGCAUAGCAGUGAGCAACUGCUGUUUUGAUCCAGUCAUUUACUACUUCACUUCAGAGACCAUUCAGAGAUCCAUCAAACGCAAGUCCAGAGUAUGGCACAACGGUGCCAAGCUAUUCAACAGACUACAGACGGAAAGCCCACAAAGCAGUCCAAAUACAACACGAAUAACCCUGCCCCUGAGGAUUCACCCGACAUCCGAAAUGUUUAACAAUGAGUCUACAGUCUAGUGACAAGUUUAAUAAUUCAGUGAAUAUUGCAGGUGAAACUUGUGAAACUUCAAUCAGAGAACGUAGGUGGAAGCAGAGUUGACUUGAUAAGACAAGCGGUUACUUAGGAGUCACUUUCUUGUCUACUGGACACCACAAAGACUUUAGACUGGGACUGAUCCCUUUCCAGUCAAUAAAAGGGUGGAACAAGUCAAAGAGAAAACAUGUGUGUGUUGCAGCAUAAAUACCAGUGACAAGUGACAAUACACAGUACACAAGUUAGAAAAUUAUUAUUGAAUGAGUUUAUAAUGUAUAUUAAUGGAAAAGACAGGUGUGUAUGCCAUUGUGAUGUGCGUGGUGCUGCAAAUAAGUAUGAGCU